GAAAGUACAAACUUACUUUUAUGAUCCGACGUGCAGCUUCGAUAGUGACCCCAUCCGAUACUAUGCGGACGGGCCGAUGUCGGCUGGUGGUGGAGAGUCCACGAUAAAUGUUUUCAGAUUGAACGAACUAUCGCGAGGGAGACGUUAUCAUUACUGUGUGUGACUGUCGCAUUGUGAGCAAGUCAAUAAAUUUAUUGAAUUUUCUCCGAAGUUUUGCGAAACGGGAAGAAAGCUCAGGUGCAGUUGGUCGGCUCUCAGGAUACCUACCUGUUCUCACUAGUUCCGCGGUCCAAUUAGCGGGAGAUUCGGGCGCGUCCUGUUUACAUGGUCUUACGUACGUACACCAGCGUGUAUGACUUAUCGCCGAUUGUGGGCGAAUCGUGACCCAAUAGUGCACUUUGGUAGUCCCGCGACUUUUCCGUGUGAUUUGCUAGAAGAGGACAGGGUGCCUGUCGCGUGUGUGUUUACCUCCGCCAAACAGGUAUUUCGCGGUACGUUCUGAUUUUCGGAAUUCGAGUGCAGUUCACGUUUCCAGGAGUGCAUGUUCUUUGAUUAGUUUAUCUAGUCAAUAUCCACUCGCUGCUACCCCGCAAGAGUAUAAGCCUUGCAGUGUGUUUGCUCUGAUUCAAAGGAAGCUAAAAAUAUCUAAAGUGGAAAUCUAUGUGAAGUGUCGUUGCAAAGCAGGUGAAUAAGUUCCAGUUGGAUUCCCAUCCAAUUAAAUCGAUUCUGGGUUAAUCAGUGCAUUUUAUCUAAUCCAUGCUUGACUGUGAUGCUAGAAAGUGAUUCCAGAUAGUUCAGAGGAUCCACUGUCCAGCGCUAGACUCAUCUCGCCGAGCUCCAAGCUCAGUUGAAUUUUUUAUCUGCUUGUUCCUGUCGAGUCCAAGAAAGUAUUCAAACUGUGAUGAUGGCUCCAAUGCCAAGUAGUAAGAGUCCAUCCAAGGGUCCAACAUUCCUUUUCUCAGCUGCCGAUUCAGAUGAUUCCAGCCCUGCACCAUCAAGCCCACCAAGCACAGAUGCACCGAAAUCACAAUGCUCGUCGCUGUCUGAGGUUGAAUCAUUCGAGGGAUUUGGUGAAAAUGAUGCUACAGAUAGUGGUUGCAGCAAUAAUAUACGCGUAAAUUUAAGAAACGUUAACAGUGCCGGUAGUGAGGCCAGUGGCAGUAACAGGGAUGCUGAAAAUGAUGGAAGAGUUCGCGGAGUUGAACUAGAGCUGGCUCCACAUGCUAAUUCUACACCGAAUGGCGAUGAUGAUCGUAGCUCUAUCUCGCGGCAUACGUGGUCACGUACGAGCUUGCGAAGAACUCCUACCAGCAAUCCUGAUAAUUUGCCCAAUAGACGCUGGGGCUCCAUGAGACACUCUGGACGACGUCAAUUAGGUUCAAAUGCCUUAGCUAGCCACUUGUACAGAUCAUCGAGUUUUAACUCGUCCGGGAGAAGCUCCACCUGUGAUACAGCCGAAGACAUGUAUAGUGAUAUGAGUUUGGAGGAUGUGCAAGAUUUAAGUCAUAAGCUCGAUUUGCUGCAGAGACAAGUCACUGAUCUUGCAGACACACGGAAUACAGUUGAAGAUCGUACAACGAGAACUAAGACCGAAUAUGCUGUACUACAGGCCCGGUAUCAUAUGCUCGAGGAGCAAUUUCGAGAGUCCGAGCUACGUGCGGAAGAACGUUUGGCCGAAGAGCAAAAACGACACCGGGAACUAUUGGCCCGUGUCGAGCGCGAAGCUGCCCUACAAAAUGAAAAUUGCCAAAUAAAAAUUCGCACUAUUGAAAUGGAAGCAAACAGUUUACGUGAGGAAGCACAACGUUUGCGAGUUCUAUGUGACAAGCAGGCAAAUGACCUGCAUGCGACUGAAGAGAAAUUAGAAAUAACACGUGAUAACUUGGCUUCCGUACAGCAGGAAUUGUUGGAGGCACAAUCCGCCGAACGGAAACUGUUGGAUGAAAAGAAAGUGUCAGAGGAUUUAAUGCUGGAGUUGGGCAAGGAAUUGGAAAGGUUACGGUCGGAACGAGGUCCUGCGCUACCAACCACAUCGGCAGAAACGCUUAGGCUCGAAGAGUUACAUCAAGAGUUGGAUGAAUUACGACAGAAGAACAAAAUUCUCGAAGAACAAAAUGAAGAGUUGCAAGCGGCAGUCCUGUCUCGAGGCGUAGAGGAAGGCCGACAUUUGUUGAAUGGAACGCUGAACAGUCUAGCACAAGAACUAGAAGAGAUGUCACAGGCACAGGAUUCAGUUGAUUCAGCCACAUUAGCAUCAUUAAGUCAGCUUCAACAAGCCUAUCAGGACAAAGAAGAGGAAAAUCAACGGCUCAAACACUACAUAGAUACAAUAUUACUAAAUAUCGUUGAAAACUAUCCACAACUCCUGGAAGUUAAGCCAUCGAAACCGGUUCAAAAUGAAAAAAUCUCCCACUAACAUUAUUCUACCUAAAAUGUAUUUAAUAAAAUAGAAUCACAAUAGGAUCUAAAAAAAUAUUUAUAACAAUGUUAUUAUAUAUGGCCUUUUAGGAAAAGUUAAAUGAAAAUAAAAAAUAUUAAAUUUGUAAUAUGUUCUCGCUUUUUAAUUAGUUCCAAUGUACAUAAAAAAUUAAACUUGUUUACAAAAUUACUAUUAGAUUAAAAGUUAAAAAUUAAAUGCCUACCAUAGGCGAGCAAUAAAAAUAUAAUUAGACUUUUGGAAAAAUGUGAGACUAUGAAUCAAAUUUUAUGUCGCGGAAGCAUAAAGAAGACCAACCAGUCCAAUAAGGAAUGAAUAACCCACAAAAACUAAGUUGAUAAUGGCGCAUUCUUUUUAUAUUGCAGCAACUGAAAGGAACUGUUUUUCAUAAAUUGUAGUGUAUUACUCGCAUCCCUACGAAGCCAGUUGUGAGAGAUAAGAUUUUGAACGAAAAAGAUAUUAUAUAUGACUUAUUGCGUCCACUCAACUACCUUAUAAGCAGUUGUAUUACGUUUUUGUCAAUUUUUGAAAAACGUUUUUUCCGUUAAAUAUGUAGUCAAUGUGACUGCUUCCUACCUGUCCUGUAUUCUAAUGACUCCAAGGGAAAGAAGAGUUGAAUGUGAAACUUUUAAUAUAAUAUUCCAAUUUAUUUAACGAUUAGAAAGGAGGGAAGCGGAGAGAACAAGAUAUAAGAUGAAUGUUAUAGUGUCAAAAAACUGAUAUGUAAUAUGUGAAGCAAAACGAAAUGUUAUAUUUUUUUGUAUAGUCAUGAAUGUAUACAAAAGUUUCUUACAAAAUAAAAAGAAAAAGAUUAACCCAGUUUUA